AUGGCUCAGUGUAGUGCCUCAACAUUCAAGAUUGGUCACAUCAAUGCGCAAUCGCUUGAACCCCAUUUUAUCGAUAUUAAGAAGCACUCUAAUCUACUGAAUAUUGAGGGUUACCAGCUGCUGCGUGUUGACCGUUCGGGCAGGGCUGGUGGAGUUGUGGCGGCGUAUGUUAGUACCGCCUACCGAGGAGAAAUUGUUGGACGCUCAGUUUAUCGGCCCGGUGGCCCAGUCAGACAUAUGGCCCAGUGCACCGAUGCUAGGAUGCUUUGGCACUGCAUUGAUGAGAUUGGCAUGCGUGUGAAGGAACGCUCAACUGAUGGUAUUUUCGUCGACGUCGAAUCCUUGAAUGCACAUUUCGCCGAUUGCGGUAACGCUAUUGACACACCACAUGUCGUGCAAGCACCGAUAUUGAGACAUAUGGGUGACGGUUUUUAUUUUCACCACGUCACUCAAAUUGACGUGUUGGAUGCUCUGGUAUCGAUUGGAUUAAACGCCAGAGGCCUGGAUGACCUGCCUAUUUCUUUGAUUAAGGGUUGUGUGCCUGCGAUUUUACCUGUUCUGCUGCAUAUCUUUGAUUUAUCUCUGCAAUCGGCUAUCUUUCCGUCCAGAUGGAAGAGGGCUAUUGUUCAUCCGAUUCCCAAGCGCUUCCCUCCCCGGAGCCUUGAUGACCGGAGACCUAUCAGUAUUACUUGUGCACUAUCUAAGCUUCUUGAGUUUGUUGCACUACGUCAGAUCGACGAGUUUGUCAGGCAUGAGCAGCUUGUCGAUCCUCUACAGUCAGGAUUUCGCAGAGGACAUAGUGCUCACUCAGCUCUUCUUCAAAUAGUUGAUGGUGUGCGCCGGGCUGUUGACAACAAGAUGAUCACUAGUAUGAUCUCUGUCGACUUUGCCAGAGCAUUCGAUCUUGUUAACGUCGAGCUCUUGGUCUAUAAACUCGUGGCUCUUGGAUUUUCUCUGCUGGCCGCUGGAUGGAUUCGGAGCUUUCUGACUGGCAGAUCUCAGUCUGGGUGCCAGCUCAGCCCGUUGCUGUUCGUCCUUUUUAUCAACGACGCACCUUUGGUCCUUCACUACUGCUACUACCACAUGUAUGCGGCCGAUUUUACACUCUGGAGGAGCGGACCCCGUGAUGAGGUCGUUCGUAAAGUUGGUGAUGCUAACUUUGACCUUGAGGCCCUGUCGAGAAACUUUAUUACAAAUUUGGAUUUGGAACGUCUGCCUGUACUGCGUGUCCUAAAUAUACUGAGAGUACUCAUUGACAGCACGCUGUCUGGCCUUUAUCAGACCAUCGCCACGGUUCGCAAGUAUUUUGCGGCCCUUAUACGGUUGCGUGAAUGUGGUGAUUUUCUACUUCGGGUGGUGCGGCUUACUCUGGUCAAGGCCCUAAUAUUCCCCUACUUGGACUACUGCCCUGGUCUUUUCCUUGACCUCUCACUUGAGCUUUGGACUAAGUUGCGCCAAUGUAAGAACGCUGCAUUGCGCUUCGUCACUGGUACCAGGAUCCACCAGCACAUUACCCCUGUAUACAGGCAGCUCCGAGUACUUGGCUACGAGGAUAAUCGUGAUUACCAUUUUCUGUGUCUGCUUGCUGAUGUGCUCUGUCACGGUGAGCCGAGCUACCUGCGGGAGUGCUUGCAAUUUAUCUCCGUUGACGGUCCGGGGUCAAAGAGACGUUCCAAAAUAGAUCUGAUUAUUCCCCACGCACGCACCGAAUGCUUCAAGCACUCCUUCACUGUCUACACCUCAAGGCUGUGGAAUGACUUGCCCGUCGUCUUGAGGAGGCGGGCCCGGAAACCCUCAAUUCAGGAUACAUUUACGGGAGCACUUCCUCUCUGCUUUUCUUCUCAGUGUUGA